CCCCAGACUCCAGCCUCCAGCCCCGAGGCGGGAGGCAGGGAGCAGCGGCAGAGGCAGGAGGAGGACGAGGAGGAGGAGGAGGAGGAGGAGGAGCCGUCGCAGGAUGAAGGAUCGGACUCAGGAGCUGCGGAGUGCUAAAGACAGUGAUGAUGAAGAGGAGGUGGUCCACGUGGAUCGCGACCACUUCAUGGAUGAGUUCUUUGAACAGGUGGAAGAGAUCCGGGGCUGCAUUGAGAAACUGUCAGAGGAUGUAGAGCAAGUGAAGAAACAGCACAGCGCCAUCCUGGCCGCCCCCAAUCCAGAUGAGAAGACCAAACAGGAGCUGGAGGAUCUCACCGCAGACAUCAAGAAGACGGCCAACAAGGUUCGCUCCAAGUUGAAAGCAAUCGAGCAAAGCAUUGAACAAGAGGAGGGGCUGAACCGUUCCUCGGCGGACCUGCGCAUCCGUAAGACCCAGCACUCCACACUCUCCCGGAAGUUCGUGGAAGUCAUGACCGAAUAUAACGCGACCCAGUCCAAGUACCGGGACCGCUGCAAGGACCGGAUCCAGCGGCAGCUGGAGAUCACUGGAAGGACCACCACGAACGAGGAACUGGAAGACAUGCUGGAGAGCGGGAAGCUGGCCAUCUUCACCGAUGAUAUCAAAAUGGACUCGCAGAUGACGAAGCAGGCACUGAAUGAGAUCGAGACGAGGCACAACGAGAUCAUCAAACUGGAGACCAGCAUCCGAGAGCUGCACGACAUGUUUGUGGACAUGGCCAUGCUUGUGGAAAGCCAGGGCGAGAUGAUUGACCGCAUUGAGUACAACGUGGAACAUUCCGUGGACUACGUGGAGCGAGCCGUGUCCGACACCAAGAAAGCUGUGAAAUACCAGAGCAAGGCCCGGAGGAAGAAAAUCAUGAUCAUCAUUUGCUGUGUGGUGCUGGGGGUGGUCUUGGCGUCAUCCAUUGGGGGGACGCUGGGCUUGUAGGCCCCCCACCCCUGUCUCCCCCAGACCCUCCCCCCCACAUUGGGAGCAAUACCCCCACCGCCCCUUUCACUCCAUCCCCUGCUCCAGGCUCACCCCCAAGACAGACCCAGGCAGCCCCCCUUCCCCACUUCCUGUCGGACCCCAGAGUCCCCGGACCUGCCCCCCACCCGCCACGGACCACCCCCCGCACGUAGACAGCAGCAGGCGUGAUUACACACGCACACCCACAUGCGUGCCGCCAGAACAUGCUCAAGACGUGUGGACACCCCAGCGUGUGUGUGUGCGUGUGCGACGUGUGUGUAGAAGCCCCCACCCCCCCUCAGCCGCCCCCCGUCUGUGUGUCAUCUGAGCUUUCCCCUUCACUUGGGUUGUUGUGUGUGGACUGUGGCCAGGUGUAACACAGCAGCCCUGCUCUGUCUUCUGUGACAGGCGUGUGUGUGUGUGUGUGUGUGUGUGCGUGUCAAGGGUGUGCUUCCACGGUUGAUCGCCGUUCUCCUCAGAGCGCUUCGUGUUGUGCGCGGACACCCGUGUUGGGUGGGCGCCAGAGCUGUAUUUCUGGGCUGUGUACAAUACGUCUGUGUGAGUGUGAGUGUGAGUGUGUGUGUGUGUGGAGAGGCUUUCUACGCAGUGUGCUUCUGCCCGCCGGUGUGUUAGACGCGCACACGUGUUCGUCAGAGACGGGCGCCCGGUCCGGGGUCGUGUCGCCGCUGUGUCGCCGGCCGUGUGUGCCGUCGCCCCCGCUGGCGCUCCCCCGACUGCCCACCGCCCUCUGGGGCGGCCCCACACCCCGAUCCACACACGGCGGCGGCGGCCUGCCCGGCCGGGUCUCGAGCCCGUGCGCCCGCAUGCCGGUCCUUCUCCGGGGCCCCGCGGGGGCGGCCUUCAUCUGGGAACGAGGCGGGCCUCGGUGCGCCCCCCGGGCCAGGCCGCGAGCGCGAGCGGCCCCCGCCCCGGCCUCUUCGCGGGCAGUGGCACCCAGGGGGCUGCCCCAGACAGGCGCCGAGGGAGGGCACCGCUGCCUUCCACACGUUUCCUCACAACGGGGAGAGGCCCGCGUGGGUGUCGGCCGCCCCAGUCGACGCUCCGCGCUCUGCCUCGGGACCGGAAUGGCCCCCGAGGCGGCCUGCGCGCGGUGGGGGCGGGGGCGCGUCCCGGGACCCUCCCCCGGACCUGGACACAGCCACCCCGAGGUGAGGCACGGGCCCAGGGCUGUGGGGCGACGGAAGGGCCAGCCCCUCCCUCGCUGGGUGCGCAGGGCACCGGCACUGGGCACGGGCGGGUUUGCGGGGCUGGUGGCAGGCGCGGGGUGCGGGGGCGCGGGACCCGCGGGUACAGCCUGAACGCACGCGGGGCGCGCGCCGGGGUAGGGCCUGUGUGUGCACAGGGUGAGGGAGUCUGGCACGUGUGUUCACGGUGUUUCCCAGGGUCCCCCUUCGUGUGAGGCUGUGUGUGUGUGUGUGUGUGUGUGUGUGUGACACAGAGACAGAGACAGGGAGACUCUGCACUUGUGGCCUUCCAGAACACAGUCCCCCUCGGGCCCCCACCCCAGCUCCCGCCGCUGGCCCCAUUGCUCCCCGAGCUGUCUGAGCCCCGUGUGAGGCCCGUCUGUGUAACAGCCCCUGAGGUGGGCUCUGCUGUGGAGGGCAGCCUGCCCGUCCCUUCCAAGGGUGCCCUGCAGCGCGACGGGACGUCUGCCCCGGCCUCUGAUCACAGCCCUCCUCCCAUCUCGGGCUUCUCCGGGGACAUCAGCACAGGCCCCCGCACCCCCACCCUUUUUCCUUCCUGCCUCCGGCGCCAGGACACCCUUGCAGCCCAGGUGUUUCCGGAAUUCCCACCGCCUUCGGGGCCACCAGCAGGAGGGCGGAGCCGUGUCUGGAGGGAUGCCGUGGCCUCCGGGAGCGGCAGCGGGCCCAUGGCUGCCCAUCUCUGGGCAGCUGGACAGGAGGUUCAUCAAGGGUCUGCUGGGCCCCAGCUUCUUCAAGUCCCGCACGUCGUGUGAGGGCAGCUUGUUGGCGGCUGUGUCUGUAUGGGUCCCGGAGUGUCGUCUGGGGGCUGGUGUCUCGUGCAUGUUCUCGGACAAGUGUGUGCUGCUCCCUCUCCACGCGCCUACAGCCACCAAGCCCCCGAGUGACCCGGGGUGGCCCUGGGCCUGGCCGGGGCUCGCUGCUUCCCCUCCCCCCAAGCCCUGCCUCUCUCAAAGCACACCGCGUGUUCAUCCCAUGUGCCUGUGGGCCGAUGCACGCUCUUGCCACGCCUUGAGCGUGUGUACAUGAUGUGUUCUAUGCAUUCACCCUGUCCCCCAAGCCCGCCCCGCAGAGGACAUGAUGGGUGGCCCCCGGCUCCCUUCUCCCCCACCCCGCCCCCUGCCCGCUGUGCAGCCGUGUGCGUUGGCGUGUGUUUCCGUGUCGCUGGCGUGUCACGUGAUGUAGCCGUGUUUGCUGACAUGAGCCCUUGCCCCUUCUGUUUCUCUGUUGGUUUCUAGAGCUCUUUCCCUCUCCUCCCAGGAGGGGACAGGACUCCUGGGGCCUGGCUGGGGGCCCAGAGCCAGGCCACCCUCUCCUGUUAGCCCUCAGAGUCCAUUUCUCUCUAUUGGUGACCAAGUUGCAAAUGGAUAAAACACAGGAAAAUUCUGCCCCCCCCACCCCGCCCUGCAUGUCCUGUCCCCAGAGCCCCCCACCCCCACCCCGGGCCGGGUCGGGCCCCGUGGGACGGGAGAAAUAGCAACCAAUCCAACAGCGGG